CCGUCGUUAUCGUCAUUACACAGGAAGUGUGAUCUGGCUGAAGUGUUGUUCCUCGCGGAUCUCCUCAGUGUUUCUGAUCAAUCGGAUCGAUUUCAGGUGAUUCAUCGCGCUGAUCAGUGAGCGAUCACCCGUGUUUGAGAGUCAUGGUCGGGGUGAAGGUGAUCGGGACGGACUCAGAGUUCCAGGCGGAGCUGAGCGGCGCAGGAUCCCGGCUGGCCGUGGUGAAGUUCACCAUGAGCGGGUGUCGUCCUUGUGUUAGAAUAACUCCAGCGUUCAACAUGUUGAGCAACAAAUAUCCUCACGUUGUGUUUCUGGAAGUGGACGUGCACGUCUGUCAGGCAACAGCUGCAGCCAAUAAUAUCUCAGCAACGCCGACCUUCCUGUUUUUCCGAAACAAAGUGCGCGUGGACCAGUAUCAGGGCGCAGACGCUUCCGGACUGGAGGAGAAAAUCAAACAGCAUGUGGAAAACGAUCCCGGGAGCAACGAAGACUCUGAUAUUCCCAAAGGCUACAUGGACCUGAUGCCGUUUGUGAGUAAAAUGGGCUGUGAAUGUCUCAAUGAGAGCGAUGACUGUGGGUUUGAUAACUGCUUAAUCAAGGACUCGUCUUACCUGGAGUCAGACUGCGAUGAACAGCUGCUGAUCACGAUGGCGUUCAAUCAACCUGUCAAACUCUACUCCAUGAAACUGCAGUCUGUUGAGCUCGCUCAAGCUCCAAAGAGUGUGAAGAUCUUCAUUAAUCUUCCUCGUUCGAUGGGUUUUGAUGACGCUGAGAGAAGCGAAGCCACACAGACGCUCGAUCUGUCAGAGGAAGACUACAAAGACGACGGACUGAUCCCGCUCAGAUACGUCAAGUUUCAGAACGUCAACAGCGUGACGUUAUUCAUUAAGUCGAACCAAGGUGACGAGGAGACCACAAAAGUGAACUAUUUGACGUUUAUCGGAACCCCUGUCCAGGCGACAAACAUGAGCGACUUCAAACGGGUUGUGGGGAAGAAGGGAGAAAGUCACUGAAGAGGAAAAGACAACACAACAUAUUGCUGCAUCUCUUUACGAGCGUCUCUCUCUGCCAACAUGACUGGGCAACGUCCACACACUCACACACACACACAGAGACAGACACACACACACACACAGAGACAGACACACACACACACACAGAGACAGACACACACUACUGAGCACUGGAAUGGUCCCUCAGCUCGCCAUCAAUGUGUGUGUGUGUGUGUGUGUGUGUGAGAGAGAGAGAGAGAGAGAGAGAGAGAGAGAGAGAGAGAGAGAGAGAGAGAGAGAGAGAGAGAGAGAGAGGACACAGCUUUGUCUCAAUGAGGCCAUGUAUAAGAAAUCAUUUUUAUCUGUAAUCCUCACGGAAAUUCUCCUGUAAAUAAAGUCGAUCCUUUUUCAAAGGCAUGUGAGUACUGCUGUCUGUCUGUUCCU